AUGGAAAAAUUUAGUUUUAUAAUUUUAUUAACUUUGGCGAAAUUAAUUAUAUUUGCCAAAUUUUCUGUUUGCGGAACUAUUCCUGAUUCAGAUGUUUUUAUAAAUUCCGAUUUAAAACUGAAGGGGCUUCUUAUGAAAAGUCAUGGUGGUAAAUCAUUUUAUUCUUUUCGUGGUAUACCAUAUGCUAAGCCACCGAUUGGUGAAAGACGUUUUAAAGAUCCUGAACCAUAUGGAGAAUGGAAUGAAAUAUUGGAUGCAACAAAAGAUAGUGCAAUUUGUCCUCAAAUUGAAAAUGAUUUAAAUGAGCUCGGUGAUUUAAAAAUGUCUGAAGAUUGUUUAACUAUUAAUGUUUAUACACCAUCAAUGGAAGGUAAUAAAACUGUAUUUGCUUUUAUUCAUGGUGGUGGAUUAAGAUAUGGUACUGCACAUAGUUAUCAUUAUGCACCAGAAUUUAUUCUUGAUGAAGAUGUUGUAUUAGUUACAUUCAACUAUAGAUUGGGUGCACUCGGUUUUGUUAAUAGUGGAACUGAGAAAGCUACAUCAAAUUAUGGUCUUAAAGAUCAAGUUACAGCUUUAAAAUGGAUACAAAAUAAUAUUCAUCGUUUUGGUGGUAAUCCAAAUUCAGUAACAUUAAUUGGUCAUAGUGCUGGAUCAAUGUCAGUAACACUUCAUAUGGUAUCACCAAUGUCAAAAAAUCUUUUUCAUAGAGCAGUUGCAUUAAGUGGUUCCGGAACAAAUCAAUGGACACUUUAUAAUGAAGAUUUGACCAAAAAAUUAGCAGUAUCAGUUAAUUGUUCAAUUGAUAGUGAUGAAAAAAUGAUUGAAUGCUUACGUGAAAAACCAUGGGAAGAUUUUAUAGCAGUAGGUGCUAAAUGGGAUGAAAAUCAAAUGCCAGAUAUGCAAUGGAAUGUUGAAUUAGAAAAAGAUUUUGGACAAGAAAGAUUUAUGAUAGAACAUCCAUCUGUUUUAUUUGAAAAAGGUGAAUUUUAUAAAGUACCUAUAAUUACCGGUAUUACUAUAGAUGAAUUUGCUGAACGAGGACCUAAAGCAGUUAAACGACCAAAUUUAUUAAAUGAAAUGGAUACAAAUUUUAAUAAUGUUGCACCUUUCUUAUUUGGUUACCAUCCACCUGGUACUGAUAAAGCAAAUCAUAUUAGUGAUGAGCUUCGAAAACUUUAUUUUAAUGGUGGAAAAAUUGACACUUCAUCCGAAAAAGGAAUAGGUGAUAUAGUUAGUGAUGCUUUAAUAAAUUAUGGUGUUCAUAGAUUAGUUGAUUUGGCACGUAAAUAUGAAGAUGUUUAUUAUUUUAGAUUAGAUUAUGCAGGACAUUAUUCAUGUGCCACGAAAGAUAAUAAUGGUAAACCAUUAUAUGUAGAUCACAGUGAUGUUUUAAUUUAUUUAUUUGGUUAUGAGACAUGUACUGAUGAUUUUACUGAUGUUGAAGACGAUUUACAAGUAACGAAAAAAUUUACUAAAUAUAUUGUGAAUUUAUCGAAUUAUGGUAAUCCUAAUGGAAAUACAGAUGAACCAAUAUGCACAACAAAAUGGUUACCAUCGACAAAAGAUGAUAUGAAAAUGUUCCAUAUUGAUAAAACAUGUUCGAUGGGUGAACCACAUAAUAAAAAGAUAUUUGCAGUUUGGGAUAAACUAUUUCCAGUUAGUGAUAAAGAACUAUAAUUGUACGCUAGUAUGAAAUAUUUUCUCAAUGGAUUAAUAUGGAUUAUGAAAUAAAAUAAAUUUUUGAAUUUUUUAUAAAAAUUUUAAA